AUGUCUUCGGUGAGUAGAGUGAUCCAAGUAACGGUGCCCGGCUUGAUAUUUCAUCAAGGAUAUCUCCGUGUUAGUAGUAAGCCUUGUAUACCUCAAGAUAUCCCCAAGAAGAAAUUGUACUCUUUUUCGUCGGCUCUCUUUUUACAAAUUGAAGAUAUUAAAGAUAUCAGUGAAUCGGUUUUUUCUCAAUAUAACAGAGAAGUCAUUAAGAUAAAUAGCAAAAAUAAAGUUGAGGGUGGUAAACCAAAUAGUAGCAAUAAUGCUGGUAACGAUGGCGCUGUCGUGCGAAUGUUAAAAUUUACCUUAACUGAUGGGGUACAGAAGAUUUUUGCAGCGGAAAAAGUUCCUAUUAUGGGAUUUUCUUUGCAGACUACACUACCAGGAUCUAAAGUAAGACUAGAAAAUUCUGUUCUCUCCUUUGGAAUCAUCUGGCUGAAACCAGAAGAUGUGAGUAUUCUGGGCGGUGUGGUCUCCGAACUUUCUACUAAUUACUGCUUUCUAAAUUCCUUGGCUAAAAUUUUAGGCCUACCCGCUUCUCAUUCUUCUCGUUCCUCGGGAUCUUUGGAAUUGGAUGCACAACAGCAGCCUUUCGUUAACCAAGACACUUCGUUAAUUCUCACUAAAGCCAGUCAAGAUUCCUUCUGUUUUCGAGAAAAAUGCCUACAAAAGAAGCAAGAGCAAAUUAAUUUAUUAACAAUCUCAAAAGAUUUUCCUGAAUUGGAAAUCCUCGACUCUAAUUUCCUUUCAGGUGAAGAAAGCUUUAUAGACUGCACGACUGAAAGGGAAAAACAAAGACUCGCACGAAUUGAAAAGAAAAAACAAAAGGAACAUUUGAUGCGGAAUUUCUUUAAAAGAGGCUACCUUGCUUCUGACGAAAAUUUACGCCACAAAAGGCCUCCUGAACACAAUAAUAAUAUUAUUAAUACUUGUUUAAUUAACGUGGAAAGCGAUGAUGACUUAAUUAUAGUGGAGGACUUUACUAUAAAGCAGCGACCUUCCUUACAACUAAAUUUUAUAAUUAAACUUCUAGAAGAAAGUAGUGAUCAGCUCUGCUCUUUAAAGGGAUAUCUCGUUUCCCUAAUAAAUAAAUUUGAUAAAGAGAAUUUGGUAGUGAAAGGUUUAUUUGAUGAUGGAACCGGAAGAAUACCAGUGGAACUGGAUAAAAAUGUUUUACUUCCAAUUUUGCACUUACAAAGUUUAGAAGAUUACCAAAUUUUAUCUAAAGAUGAAAAAAGAAAAGCUUUUCAAAAAUUAAAAUCUUUUUUUGUAGGAAUGGAAGGAAUGCUUGAUAUUGAAUGGAACGGAAGUGAAAGAGAAGGAAAAGCUGUUAAAUUCUAUCCUCCCGAUGAUCGAGUUUACAAGUUUUAUUGCACCGAAAUGGGACUUUUGAAAUCUUUACAUUUAAAGACUAACUGAUUAUUAAUUAUUAGUUUGGACU